AUGGAUUCCGACGAUGACAUGCUGUCCAACCUCUCCAGCGACGACGACGUCCUGCAGGACGAGAGUGACAACUCAGCCGACGAUGGUUUCGAUUUCGAGGAGGAGCCCGAUACCGAGCUGCCCGGUCAGAGCGACUUCAGUCCCAAGAAGAAAGUCUCAUAUGACUUGACAUACAAGGUCUACGAGCCAGAAGACAUCCAGAGGCAGCAGGACGAGCUGAUCGACGAGGUGAACAUGAUCCUGGAGCUCUCGAAGGAGGAUGCGGCCAUACUGCUUCGUUACUUCCGCUGGAACAAGGAGCGGCUGAUCGACGACUACAUGGACAAGCCCAAAAAGGUACUAGAGGCUGCCGGGCUCGGCUCCAGCUCUCAUUCAGGCCCUCAGCUCGAGGUCAGGCCGGGCUUCAUGUGCGAGAUAUGCUGCGAGGACGACGACAACCUACAGACUUUCGCCAUGAAGUGUGGCCACCGCUACUGCGUGGAUUGCUACCAACACUACCUGACCCAGAAGAUCCGUGAGGAGGGCGAGGCUGCGCGGAUACAGUGUCCCUCGGAUGGCUGCCACCGCAUCCUCGACGCCCGAUCCUUGGACCUCCUGGUCGCCCACGACCUGCAGAACCGGUACCGGCAGCUCCUAAACAGGACAUACGUGGAGGACAGCAGCACCCUGAAAUGGUGUCCUGCUCCUGACUGCGAGAACGCUAUAAAUUGCGGCAUCAAGAAGAAAGAUCUGGACAGGGUCGUGCCUACGGUUGCCUGCUCCUGUGGCCACCGCUUCUGCUUCGGCUGCAUCCUCAACGACCACCAACCGGCACCCUGUGAACUCGUCAAGCGGUGGCUCAAGAAGUGCGCGGAUGACAGCGAGACCGCCAACUGGAUUUCCGCAAACACCAAGGAAUGUCCCAAGUGCAACUCAACCAUCGAAAAGAAUGGCGGCUGCAAUCAUAUGACGUGUAGAAAGUGCAAGUAUGAGUUUUGUUGGAUGUGCAUGGGGCUCUGGUCAGAGCACGGCACCAGCUGGUACAACUGCAACCGGUUUGAGGAGAAGAGCGGCACCGAUGCUCGCGAUGCCCAGGCCAAAUCCCGUGUGUCGCUUGAACGCUACCUGCACUACUACAACCGUUACGCCAACCACGAGCAAUCUGCUCGCCUCGACAAGGACAUCUACCAGAAGACGGAGAAGAAGAUGAUCCAGCUUCAGACGGCCUCAGGCAUGUCCUGGAUCGAGGUGCAAUACCUCAACUCUGCGUCGCAGGCCCUUCAGACCUGCCGACAAACGCUGAAGUGGACCUACGCCUUUGCCUUUUACCUCGCCCGCAACAAUCUUACUGAGAUUUUUGAAGACAACCAAAAGGACCUGGAGAUGGCAGUGGAGGCGCUGUCGGAGAUGUUUGAGAAGCCUAUCCCAGAGCUGUCGGACCCGAAACUGAAGGUUGAGAUCAUGGAUAAAACGGCAUACUGUAACAAGAGACGCGUCAUUCUCCUGGAUGACACUGCUGAGAACCUUGCGAAUGGCAAAUGGAAGUUUAAUGUCGACCUGCACGCCCCUGGGCCCGCAGCAGCCAGCAACAGUGGUCAACGAUAG